AUGUCACCAACACAAACUUGCCCAGAGCAAGAACCAAAGCCCUCUUAUUUCGUGAUACGUAGCAAUGGAGAGGUCGUCCCUCUCAUUGCCAUCGAUGAACUACCCCUAGGACUCAGCAUUGUUAAUGCCCCGAGAAACCUUACCUUAGAUGAAACCGUGGGGAUGUUGAGUUUGGGCCUGCAACAGCGCUCCAAGAACUUUUACGAGCUCGUUAAGAAAGACCUUAGGGGUGCACAGAUAGAGACCAGGAACGAUACAGCUGAGAAUCGAUCCACAUCUAUAUCCAAAUUGCCACAAUUGCCCAGCUCAGCGGAAAAAUCCUCUAUCUCAACAGGCUCAACAGUAUACGAUCAGACCUGUCGCCAUUGGUGUCACCAUGGAAUAUGCAAAUGGGGAAAGCAAUGUCGCUAUCGACAUGUUAUGCCUAUGACCCUUCGUGGACUACAAGAAGUCGGACUAGAUAACUGGCCUGGCUGGUAUCGGAGGGCAAAUGAGGAUUGUUUUGCACCAGACUCCCCCCGAAGCCUACGAGAACGGCAGCGAACAACUGCCAAUAAGGACCUUAGCAAGGAGCCUGAAAAUAAUAUGAUAUUGGAACUUGAAAAAGGCACACCCAGAGGUGACGCAGGCGGGUUGAAGGCUUCAAGGAUAUCAGCAUUCGAACCUCGUGCAGGAGAACGUCGCAGGAAACUAUUAAAUGGAACCCCAAAGAAAGAUAGGACUUCGGCUAGGGGAGUGGACGACAGGGUGUUAAGGCGGGAAGUUAGAAUCUGGGAGGAAGAUGUGGACAGUGAUAGUACCAUAUUCAGCAAUGGCCCGGAUAUGCCAAGGGAAAAUGCAGAGAAGGGAAGGCUCACCAAAGAGGUGGAAGGAGGAUUGAUUGACGUGUAA